AUGAACAGGUUAAUUAUUGAUCAGGUACUUUCUGAGGGAAGGUAUGGCAAGGUCUAUAAGGGGUCAUACUCAAAUGAAAAAGUAUUUACCUCACUAUUUCAUUUUGCACGAGUUUUUACAUUCUGUCUAAUUAAAUUUUAUUUUCAAAUGCACCAGACGAUGGGCACCAAUUCUGAUCAUCAUUCAUCUGUUUUCACGAUUGACGAGCACACAAUUGCUCGCUUCAUCAUCGUCACGCAAUACCAGUCGCUAGGAACGUUGUCUGCAUACCUCAGGAGUAACACUUUAACAUGGGAGCUCCUGUGUAGGAUGGCCUCAUCCAUUGCAUCUGGAGUCUCCUAUCUUCAUGCUGAAAUCAAAAAUAAAUGCCCGUACAAGCCAGUGUUGGUGCACCGAGAUAUCAACCCCCAGAAUAUCCUCAUUAAGAAUGAUUUGUCCUGUUGUAUAUCAGAUUUUGGCUUCUCCAUGCUCAUCACUUCAUCAUCAUCGUCGUCGACUGCAGACGUGAAUCAUUCAAGCAACAACUCCUCAUCUAAUAAGGCUUCACUGACUGAUGUUGGAACGUUGAGAUACAUGUCACCAGAAGUUCUUGACGGUGCGGUGAACUUGUUUGACUGCAAGAUGUCACUGACGCAAGUCGAUGUGUACGCCAUGGGCCUGGUCCUAUGGGAGAUGGCUUCAAGAUGUGCUGAUUUGUAUAAAGAUGAGUUGAACAUUCCAGCAUACAAGAUGGCCUUCGAAGAAGAACUGGGCAGACGAGUGACGUUUGAGAACAUGCAGAUCUUUGUCUCAAAGAACAAACGAAGACCAACAUUCAACAAACUGUGGAAAGCCGACAGCAGAGCAAUAAAAUUGUUGAAGGAGACAAUAGAGGAAUGUUGGGACCAGGAUGCAGAUGCUCGCAUAUCAGCUCUCUGCGUCGACAGGAGGUUUUCAGAUCUCAGCUUCUCCGCGCCGCAUGUACUCGACUCCUCUGCAAGCACAACAUCAACUGACCUUAACAUCAGCACUGCACCGCACAACCACAAGAUGCUAAAGAUGAACAGAACAUCAGUAUCUUACGGCACUGAUACCAGGUCUGGUAGUGACAGGAGUUCAUCCAUCGCUCAUGAUGCUACAUUUCAUGGUAAACGCUACCAAUGUUUCAAUGCUUCGACAUCAUCAUCAACCCAGGGUUAUUCGUCAUCAUUAUCAAGAACAUCAUCAACAGUUGAAGUCAAGGAACGUGGAAGUGAUAUUGUGCUAAAUAAUUUGAACAGUGACAGCCAUGUUUCGUGCAGCAAUGCCGUUAGUAACUCUAAUGUUGAUAGCUUCGAAGAGGGCUAUCAUGCAAACUACCAUCAUCAUCGUCGUCAUAAUCAUCAUCAGAAUUAUCUUCCUCCUCAUCGUCAUCCUCCUCCUCUCCCUCCUCAAUCCCUCCAAGUAGAGCCACUGUUGAUGCAGCAGCGUAGAGUUGAUGUUAAUUGUAACGGUACCUGUGCCGGUCAUGAUAAUGAUGUCUGCGAUUCUGGUACGCCGAUGGUCGUAUGCGGUGGAGACCACCUACUGAAGGAUGUGACGUCACUUCAUCAUCAUCACCAUCAACAUCAGCAACAUCAUCAUCAUCAUCGGUCGAGGUGUAGGAACCCUUUUAUGUCAAAUUUGGCUUUGUGGUUUUCAUCAAGUAAACGAAAUAAGAGUAAGAACGCGAGUACAAACAAUGAUGAUGGUGACUAUGAAAAUGAGGAAGAUGAUGAUGGCAAUGCUACCAAUGACAAUCAUGAAAGAAGAAAUUGUAAAUUAUGUAAGGUGACGGAUGUGGACUACGCAGCAGUAGAUGUAGGCCAUGGUGGAGUUGUUGUUCGGGCUGGCAAGGCAUGAUCAGUGAUCUGUUCAUUUUGCUCAUUCGCUUUUUUUAAAUUGUUUUCUUCAAACAUUCAUUUCUGAACAAUAUCAAUAUCAUCCUCAUUGUAAAUUUUUUUUUUUUACAUUUUUUUUCGUAUGCUACUAUUUAUAUUAGUCGGACUGACUUGAGAGCAACAUGGUACUCAGUUAUGGCAUCCGAAAAUGUAAAAGCCGGUUCUUGAAAUUCGUUUAGUAUUUAGAAACCAGUUAGUUAUUUAGUCAUUGUGUGACAAAACUUACCUAGUUCCGUUCUUUUAAAUUUUGUAACACAAACAGUAUUUGGAUUCUCUACUGCCAAAUUGUUUCAUUUCGAUUCAACAUUUAGUUAAAUUAUGCAUUAUGAUUGUUUAGUUAGCAAAAUAGGAGCAACACAUUUUAAUUCCUUACAGUUUUUAAGCUAAAAUUAUGAAAUUUUAAGAAAAUUUACGUAUUUUGGCACAAAAAAUAUUGUAAAUUCAUAACUUUUUGAGAUUAAUUUUUCAAAACCGGUUCUUUCAGGUUUCAAAAUUUUGAAAACGGUUUUCUUGAACCGGCGCAAUGCCAGCACUGGGUGCUCUGUUCUGCUACAAGCAAGUUAUAAAGGCGGUAGGUGAUGUUUCAGCAGAUUUCUUGGUGCAAAAUGUCAUAGAAGUUUUCACGUUGUUGCCGCUAUUGUCGUUUGAUGAUUUUAUUUCAUGGCUAGUGUGUGUGUGUGUGUGUGUGUGUGUGUGUGUGUGUGUGUGUGUGUGUGUGUGAAAUGCAAGAUGUGAGCGUUUUGUGAUAUAAAGUGUUCGCACUUUUGUUCACAGCAAUUACAUAAAAAAGUGAACUGCAAAAUAAUUUACUUUACGACAAAAGGUUUUGAAAAGAAUUUAUACUUAUUAAACUGUACCUUACCUCGGAAAGCAGAAAACGAAAC